AUGAUGGGAGACUGGAAUUUUCUUGGUGGUAUUUUGGAAGAGGUUCAUAUUCACUCGACUAUUGUUGGCAAGAUCUGGUUGACCAUCUUAUUUAUUUUCCGUAUGCUCGUCCUGGGAGUGGCUGCGGAAGAUGUGUGGAACGAUGAGCAGUCUGAGUUUAUCUGUAACACAGAGCAGCCUGGCUGCCGUAAUGUUUGUUAUGACAAAGCUUUUCCCAUUUCACUAAUACGCUAUUGGGUUUUGCAGGUUAUAUUCGUGUCCUCUCCCUCACUGGUCUACAUGGGUCAUGCCUUGUACAGACUUAGGGACUUAGAGAAAGAAAGACAAAGAAGAAAAGCACACUUAAAAGCAGAAAUUGAGGCAGUAGAUGUUGAUAUGGUUGAAGAUCGAAGAAGACUGGAACGUGAACUUCGACAGCUAGAACACAGAAAACUAAACAAGCCCCCUUUGAGGGGCUCACUGCUCUUCACUUAUAUAGUGCAUAUUAUUACUAGAUCAUUGGUAGAAGUUGGUUUCAUGACUGGUCAGUAUAUACUAUAUGGAUUUCAACUAGAUCCCCUCUACAAAUGCAAACGUGACCCUUGCCCCAAUGAAGUUGAUUGUUUUGUCUCAAGGCCUACUGAGAAAACAGUUUUCAUCCUAUUCAUGCAGUGCAUAGCAAUGGUAUCAUUACUUUUAAAUAUUUUGGAAAUCAUUCAUUUAGGAAUCAAAAAAAUCAGAAAGGGUCUUUUUGGUCAUUCCCCUAGAAUUAGCGAUGACUUUGAUGAUUUAUAUGUGAGCAAAUCCAAGAAAAAUUCCAUGAAUUUACAAGUUUCUGUUGGCACAUCUAUCACGCCAGAGAAAACCAUCCCUUCAGCUCCAAGUGGUUGUACACUGCUGAUGGAAAAGCAGAGCAAUGCUAUAAUCUACUCACCAUUAAACUCAAUGGCAUCCUUCAAACCUGCUGAGAAUGAUUCUAAACAGAACCAGGCAGAAGGGGUACAGGAAAAUGGCUGCCCUAAUCAGGUGGCAGCUUUUAACGCUAUGGAUAUCCAUCUUCAAAACUCAAGUUCAAGCAAUUAUGAUGGAUUAAGCAAUGCAUGUAACACAGAAGGAAGCACAUUAUUAAAGGCCAGUGUUAAGAAUGUCAGUUCUCAUAAUGCAACAAGUUCUAGUGUCCUUGCUGUCCAGACUCUGCCAUCAGGGUCCCAGGAUUUAGUAACAGGAACGAUUUUGUAUCCACAACUGCAUCCUGACUUGACUGCAUCAACCAAAGUUCAAGUUAACAUUGGCCGAAAACGUCGGAUCAAUGCACCUUGGAAUUGCACUACAGUUGUUGAAACUAUGGGAUCUCCAUCAGGUUCCCCUAAUUUAGGAAAUAACACUGGAAGGUACAGUUUCAGUUCAGUUAGAGCUGGAGCACUUUCCAAGUCUGACCCAAGGCACAGUAGGCCCGGAACCCCUGAUUCUUCUGGGGAGUCCAACUCAGCAUCAAAAUCAAGGAAACAUUGUGACAGUCCUGAGGCUUUGUCUUCUUCUCGACGUAUAUCGCUAGCAAGCAAUUCUAGCAGCAGGCGUAUUCCAACAGAUCUGCAGAUAUAAGUGCCACUCAUAUUUUUCAUAUGUCAAGGAAGUGCUAUGACAGAGCUUGGCAGAACGAAGUUGAACUUCGCUUCUUUAAAUAACAAUGUAGGAUUAAGAAAUGUACUAAAGCAUUUACUGAUGUGUACUGUGGACUUACUUCACUUAAGUAAUUCAUGGGAUAAUUGUUUAAUAGCUGAGACAUUCUUCUGUAAUUACAAAACAACUUUGUAGGGAGCACUUACAACCUGUGCAUUUAAACUAAACAGCAAUUCAAACAU